UGCUGCUGCACUUAGUAAUGUGCUAGUUAUGCUCGGCGACUCACCACCUAUAAUAAUUCGACCCUCCUUUCUCUCGGCGCGAGACGCGGCCGAUAUUGUGUGAGAAGAACCACCACCCAUCACACCUGGUGCGUGGGCGGCCCUGCAGGCAAAUCUACCGGUCUCGCGAACGACGAGGAGAGAGGUAUACGAGCCGAGCUGACACAGUUAGCUUGGCGGCAUGGGGGCCGUGCAGCUGGCCGCACUCCUGGCGCUGCUGCUCGCGCUGUGGCGUCUCGCCUGGCGGCCGCGCGCCGUGGCGCGGGCGUUCGCGAGGCAGGGAAUCCGGGGCCCGCCCUACAGGUUCCUGGCCGGGUCCUUGACGGAGGCGAAGAGGCUGCUCAUGGCCGGCCGGAGAGGGGUGGCGCCCCUGGAUGCCGGCUGCCACGACAUCAUGCCCGUCCUGUUGCCGCAGUUCCACAGAUGGGUCGCUGACCAUGGGAGAACAUUUCUGUUCUGGAUUGGGCCAAUCCCUGCAGUCUUCUCUACUGAUCUACAACUGAUCAAGCAAGUGCUCACGGACAGGACGGGCUUGUAUCAGAAGGAUUUCUUGAUCCCCGUUUUGAAAUUCCUCUUCGGCAACGGGGUCAUAUUGAUAAACGGAGAUGAUUGGAAACGGCACCGGAAAGUGGUCCUUCCGGCUUUCAACCAUGAGAAGCUCAAGAGCAUGUCGGCGGUGACGGCAGAGGUCACAGAACAGAUGAUGCAACAAUGGCGCGACCAGAUGCAGCAAAACGGCGACAAGGAAUCAGCUGAAACAGUAGACAUGACCCACGCCUUCAACGACCUGACCACAAAGAUCAACGGCCGCGUCGCCUUCGGCACAAGCCACCAGGAAGUCGAGGAGGUCGUCGUCUUGAUGCGGGAGAUGCAGAAGCUUGCCACCGCGGCCAUGCUAGAUCCCCCGAUACUCUGGUAUCUACCAACUCGGCGCAACUUGCACGUGCGACGUCUGAAUAAACUGCUGAGGAGCAAGAUCAUGGCGAUCAUGCAAGCGCGACUAGCCGCCAAGGGAGACAAGUGUGGCGGCGGCGGCUACGGGGACGACUUGCUCGGGCUAUUACUAGAGGCGUGGACACCGGAGCGGCAAGGGAGCGGCGAGACGCUGACAACCCAUGAGGUGGUCGACGAGUGCAAGACCUUCUUCGCCGCGGGGCAGGAAACCACCGCCACACUCCUCAUCUGGGCCAUGUUCCUGCUCGCCGUGCACCCGCAAUGGCAGGACAAGGUCAGGGAGGAGGUCCUCCGAGAAUUCUGCUGCGGUGGGGACGACGGCAAGGUUCCCAACGCUGAAAUUCUCGCCAAACUGAAGCUGCUUCACAUGGUUGUGCUCGAGACAUCGCGGCUCUACCCCCCGAUCGUGUACAUACAACGGCGGGCCGCCUCGGACGUCGUCCUCACAGACAUCAAGGUGCCCCAGGGGACUGUGAUAUCAAUCCCCAUCGGUAUGCUGCACCGGGACAAGGAGGUCUGGGGCCCCGACGCCGACGAGUUCAACCCCAUGAGGUUCGAGAACGGCCUCGCGGGAGCAGCCAGGGAUCCGAAGGCACUGCUAUCUUUCUCUCUGGGUCCGAGAGUAUGCACUGGCCAGAACUACGGGGUCAUACAAGUACAGAUUGUUAUGGCAAUGAUGCUCAGGAAGUUCUCCUUUUCCCUCUCCCCAAAAUACGUCCACAAGCCGAAGUAUCUCCUCUCCUUGACUCCCAAGCUUGGGAUGCCUCUCAUACUUAGGAACCUAGAUGGGUGAUAAAACAUUACAAAAGUUCAUUGUAAUAAUGCAUUUACACAAAUAAGGUAACAUGUUCUUACCAGUUCCAAUGUGAUAGUAUCAUAUGACUGAUAUAAGGCUCAUGUAUCAACUUCAUAGUUUUUAGACAGUUCUGCCCAGGUUUAAUUGAAACUCCACCGAGACCCAAUUCACUUUUCAAACGCUUUCACAAGUUCCUUUUUCGAGUAAUUGGGGGACGUUAAGUGAGCUUUGAAGAGAAUAUUCAAGCAGGCAGCUUUAUUCGUUCAUGUUU